AUGGAUUUUAUUCUUCGACUCGCCUCCGACGAAGAAUCCCAUCACGAGUCAGUUCAACAACUCUUUCAACAAGAAGUAGAACACAUGGCUGCUGAGGGUUUCUCCCAGAAUCAAGCUGCCAUCUUUCAGAGAAAGCGAGCCGAGUUCUUGAUUAGAGAAUAUUCUGAUUUCGAUUACGAUCCAUUCGUACCAUUUCUUGCCCUGACUAACUUCGAUCGCUAUGUUUCAAGAUACACAUUGCCGGACCGAACACCUGAUGAUUAUUUGGAGUUAUUUGCUAUCACCUGUGUUGUGAUUUCUUGGCGGAUAAGAUCAGAAAACUUUCGGUUGGGUGAAUAUCUGGAAUUGAACAAUAUCAACCAUCCGAAGCUCCCGGAAAUUCAGAAAAUGGAGACUCUGAUUAAUUCUGGGUUGGAUUGGCGCCCACGUUCGAUCACAGCCUUAUGCUUUCUUAGUUUCUUCAUUUCGUUGUUGAACAUCAAUGAACAACACUCUGAACAAGAUCUCAAGUAUAAGGCUCUGAAGAUUGUGUUUAGAAUGCACAGAGAUAUCAAAUAUACGCAAUUCAGACCGUCAAUAAUUGCAGCUUCAGCUGUUCUAGCAAUAUCAAAGACGAUGGGAAGAUAUUCUGAUUUCAAGGAGGCUAUUGUGUCCAGCCAAUUUGUCAAUAGGGUAAUGGGUGAUUUGAAGAAGUGCAUGCGAGAUUUAAUGGUGACACUCAUAACAGAUUCUUUGACUGCAAAUGCUGGUAUUCUUUCCCCUCGUGCUUCAUUAUCGCCACCUCCGGGUCAUGAUCAUGAAGAUACUUCUGAUUCUUCCGAUCCUACUGAUGAUGAUUCCUCCGAUCCUACUGAUGAUGAUGCUUCUGAUGAUGAUUCUACUGAUGAUGAUGGUUCUUCUUAUUCUACUGGUGUUGGUUUUUUUACACUUGAGAUGCUUUGGGAUUUUUUGUUAUUCGUGACAUAG